CUCACAACCACUACAACGAAACAGUUUUUUGUAAGUGGCUUGCUCCAAAAUGGCGACCUCAAUAUGGCUAGAGUUUCUUUUAUCCGCUCUUCUAAUGACAAUUCCAGAUGUUCCCUCCAUGGAAACUGAAGCUGCAGAAAUGCCUGUAUGCACUCCCCCUAUUGAGCUGGAGUACGGCCGAGUGGUGGUGUGGGGUGCAAACCUCCUCGUCGAGUAUAUUUGUGACGAGGGAUUCUUCGCCAACGGGGAAACCUUUGGCGCGUGCAUUACAGAUGAGGGAAGGUGGACCAUUGAGAAACCGAAAUGCGUAGCCACCGGAUGUGAUCCCCCAGAGGUGGCCCAUAACAUGAAUGUACGUCUGGACAAGAACGGUGCGGUGGCUCACUUCUCGUGUGGCCGUGGCCACUACUUGAUUGGACAGGAACAGUCUUAUUGUAACGGUCAGAACUGGACAAAACCUUUCCCGGCCUGUGUAGGGUCCUCUGUGAAGACACGCGCUGAUCCCCAGAACCGGAACCUUCCUGGCAGACAUGUGCGUGAUCCAUUGGCUUUUAAUGUUUCCGCCAUUGAUUUUGAAUCCAACCUACGAGUAAGUGACAAUACGUGUUUCCGAUACCGCUAUAAGGCACCACCGGAAAUAGAUCAUGGAACAGCCUCUCCCCGCUACCUGUAUAACACACAGAAGCGAAGAUACGUCCUCGUCACCAACUACACGUGUGAUCCUGGUUACGUCAUCGAAAAUAACAUCACGCGCUACUACUACUGUCAGAAUUACCAGUGGGUUGCUCCUGUACAACCGAAAUGUAUAAAACCGCUCGAAUCGACAGCGUGCCAGGGAAAUCGCCGUCUAUGUCACCAGAUCUGUGUGCCCGGGAUCAGGAACAGGUUCGCGUGUGACUGUUUCCGAGGAUUCCUUCUCCAUAGCAACGGGAGGGACUGCUUCGACAAAAACGAGUGUCUAUUUGACAAUGGCGGAUGCCAGCAAUUGUGUCACAAUACGUACGGAUCACGGAUCUGCACGUGCCGUGAUGGAUACCGAAAAGUGGGGACGAACUGUAUCGAUGUGAAUGAGUGUGACGACGACAGUCUGAACAAGUGCCCCGGGGAGUGUGAAAACACAGAGGGGUCAUACAGAUGCAACUGUAGCAUACCCGGGUACAUGGACAGCUGGGACGGGCGCUCGUGUUACGAUGAUAACGAGUGUACGCUGAAUUAUGGCGGUUGUGAGGAUAUUUGUAUUAAUAUGGUUGGUUCCUACUACUGCAAGUGUAGUACAAACGAGGGCUUCCAGCUGUCUAGUGACCUACACAAUUGUACAGACGUUGACGAGUGUGUGUUAUACGGGAAGAAGAUCUGUAACAACGGUCACUGCGUCAAUAGCCUGGGCUCCUUCGUCUGUAAGUGUGAUGAUGGCUUCCGGCCGGAUAAGGACCGCACCAAAUGUGAAGACAUAGAUGAGUGCAAAAUGGGAAAUGGAGGAUGUGAGGACGCAUGCGUGAACACCGUCAGUUCCUUCUACUGUGACUGCAAGGAACCUGGAUUUGAGAUCGAUUCUGGUGGCCAGAACUGUACAGACGUGGACGAGUGUAUUGACAACGCCCCGGGUUGUGAGAACGACUGCGUGAAUACCAUAGGGUCCUUCUACUGCUGGUGCCACUGGCAUGGAUACGUGGUUCACGGAAACCAACGUAACUGUACGGAAUGCAGAGACGACCAGUAUAUGAUUGAGGAGGAGAAACUGUGUGUGGACUGUCCUAAUAACUCACGAAUAGUGAGGGCCUUACCAGGAGCAGCUAACUCUCUGGAGGACUGUCAAUGUCUGCCUGGCUACCUCGGGAGUCCCGCAGAGAAAAUUCCCUGUCUAGACGUGGACGAGUGCCUGGUAGCCGAUUGUGAGUAUGAAUGCCAGAACGACGUGGGCAGCUUCACCUGUAUCUGUCCAGACGGAUUCUACCUGAUGAAGGACGGCACAAACUGCACAGAUAUAGACGAAUGCGAACAGGACAACGGUGGCUGUAACGUAACGUGUGAGAACACGCUGGGUUCUUUUCACUGCGCAUGCCCAUACCCGGGCUUCCUGCUCAACAACGACAGUAUCUCCUGCGACGACGUGGAUGAGUGCCUGAUGAAUGACAACUACAACUGUAGUCACUUGUGUCACAACACAGAAGGUGGAGCAGAAUGUAGUUGUUACCCGGGCUACAUCCUCUUAUCUGACAACCACACCUGUGAAGAUACGAACGAGUGUGCUAACUCGUCCGUGUCUAUGUGUGAGGACCUGUGUAUAAACACCAAUGGUUCAUUCUACUGUGACUGUGAGGGGUCAGCACUGAAGCUCUCAUGGGACCGGAAGUCAUGCUCAGAUAUAAACGAGUGUAUGGAGGGAGUGAACCACUGUGAGGAUUUGUGUGUGAACACACACGGGUCCUACUACUGUGACUGUAACACCACGGGCUUCGUACUGGCAGCGGAUCAGCGGACCUGUGAAGAUCUGGACGAAUGUCUAUCCAAUACCACCCACAAGUGUGACCACAUAUGCAUCAACCGGCCGCAGGGCUACGACUGCUUCUGUUACCAGGGUCACGUCAAGGAAGGCCUGUAUGGAUGUCGGGGAUGUGAAAUCGGUCAGUACCACAACAACGAGACUGACCAGUGUGUUGAUUGUCCGAAAAUGUCCACCACAAACGGAACUGGCAAAACUAACGUCACGGACUGUAUCUGUAUACCAGGCUAUACUGAGGAUACAACUGGAGAGGAGUAUUGUAGGGAUAUCGACGAAUGUGAGGAGGGUGAGGAGGAGAACUUUGGCUGUGAUCAGAUCUGCGUGAAUGUUUUAGGGUCAGCCUACUGCGCGUGCCAAAAAGGUUUCACUCUGCACAAAAACAAGAAGAAUUGUACAGACAUAGACGAGUGCCUGUACAGUAACCACUACUGUGCUGAGAUAUGUAUCAACCUGGAGGGAUCCUAUAGAUGUGCCUGUAGGAAAGGAUUCAAGCUACACUGGGACAACAAAUACUGUACAGAUAUCAACGAGUGUUACAUUGGAGACCACGAGUGUGAAGAUCAAUGUGAGAACACAUGGGGAGCCUACAUCUGCGGGUGCUCAAAGCCGGGUACACGACUAACAACCGACGGACAUACAUGUAUAGCACUAACACCCACAUGUCCAGAUGAAAUCCGUGUCGAGGUCCCGGAUGGUGUCCCCUUGGUUCAGGUGGCUCUCCCUUCGCUUGUGUAUAGCGGACAGUGGCGCAUUGAACCUGCAUGGGUGGCGGAAAAUCAGGGCGUUCUCUUCCCAGUAGGCAACAGUAGCAUCCAGGUCAACAGCUACAACACAGAGGCGGGAGAUGUUGGGUGUAGCUUCUAUGUUGUCGUGACAGUAACGUGUGCAAGGGGGACCUUCAGGCCAUCGGAUGACGUGUACGCUGGGUGCAUGCGCUGUCCCACGGGGAGCUACCAGGACGAUCAGAAUCAGAGAGGCUGUAAGGCGUGCCAACUUGGCACCUACCAGAACGAAGAGGGACAACUUGAUUGUAAAUACUGUAGGACCGGCACGUACCAGGACCGUAUCAAUCAAACCCUGUGUAUCCCAUGUCCCCCGGGCACGUACAUGGACGAGAGCGGGGGGGUGGCAUGUAAGCCGUGUCGGGCCGGGAUGUACAAUACACUGACCUCACAGACAUCUUGCAAAUACUGUCCAGUGGGAACGUAUCAAGACGAGAAAGGACAGACGGAGUGUCUGGAGUGCGAUAUUGGCCACUACCAGAUGCAAAUGGGAAAACACAUCUGCAAACUCUGCCCGGAGGACCUGAUCCCGUAUAGGGCCAAUGUCGCCAUGGUGAAGCAGUGUCAAAGAUCAACUGACAACGUCGUUACAGAGUUGGAGCCGAGACGGUGACGUCACUUAUAAUUUUAAACGUUACAAUAUGAGGACUCUAUUGGUGCUGUCACGUUAGUAAUAUGACCGUACUAAGAUAAUGUUUUCGUCCAGUAUGUAUGUCUUAUUACCUGUCGUGUCAUGGAAAGUGUCAUCCUAUAUAUGUUUAGUAAAAAUCAUUGACUAUGAUAGGAAACAUUCUACUUCAGUAUCAUUUGAGAAAUAACCACAUCCACUAAAAAAUGAGGAUAAAGGAAAACAACGUCACUUCCGGUAUUGUUCCAGUAGCAGGUUUUAAUGAAAUAUCAAAAUGUGUGUCAAUAUACAUUGAAUUUUAUCAGUUCAUCCUGGAAAAAAAUAAAGGAUUUGUUACAUAAAGA